CUUUCGGAGUAUGAAAACUCGUACAUUAAUCAGAGGCACCGGUCAACUCAAUUGUCACUCAAGCAUGUACUCAAAAGAAAUUGUAUCCCUGGCUUCGAAGCAUCCCAAGUUCUUGACUCCUUGAGCCCUGUGAACAUAGCCAUUGCGAUAUCAGGAGGUGGAUAUCGUUCUAUGUUAACUGCUGCUGGGGUUUUAGCUGCCUAUGACUCUAGGACACCUGGAUCUCAAAAUCCUGGGCAUCUUGGAGGUUUUUUACAAGCAACUAGCUACAUUGCUGGCAUAUCUGGUGGAUCCUGGGUAGUGAUGAGCGUUGCUGUUAAUGAUUAUAAACCUAUGGUGCAGCUAAAAGAUGAAGAGCUUCAUGCUAUUGAAGGAAGGCUUCUCAUAGGAAUUCCUGAUUUCGAUCCAGGUUUCAAGGGGAACUCACCCAAAUCUGAACAUAUAGAAACCAGAGAAGAUGGAACAGUUAGCUCUGUUCUUAGUUAUUUUGGAUUCAAUAAGAAGAAAGGUACGGAACCAAGAUUUUCUACAAAAUUAUUAACAAUGAUGGAGAACAAGAACCAAAUCUCAGGGGAGAACAAAAUCAAAGACAUCUAUAACUUCUACGAGUCGAUUCAUAAUCAAGUACGCAGCAAGAAGAAGCUGGGAUCAUACAUUUCCUUCACUGAUUACUGGGGUAGAGCCCUCAAUCAGAAGCUUUUCACCAGCUUCACCUCCAGAACAUUCUCCUCGCUCAAGGAGCUUCCGUCAAUGAAGUCUUUUGCCCAACCAUUUCCUAUUCUUUGUGCGGUAUUAAAAUCGCCUAUACAGAAAGAAACAAGCCAGAAGUCACAUUUGGUGGAAUUUACUCCUGAGGAGUUUGGUUCUUGGGAUUCAUACAUGCCAGGAUUUAUAAAGACUAAAUACUUAGGGUCCACCAUCAAAAAUGGGUUUCCAGUUGAUGGCUGCAAAAUGGGCUAUGAUGAUGUGGGUUUUUUGGUGGCUACUUCUUCCUCGCUCUUUAACAAUGUGUUUUUGUAUGUCUACAACUACUUGAUGAAAGUUAACCACGAAGAGAAGACAGCCAUUCAAACCAUCCUUCUGACAUUUGGCUUGAGCUCCAAUUAUACUGACCUGAGUAUCCCACAGCAUCAUCCUGACUAUGCCAUUUACUCACCAAACCCGUUUUCAGAGUACGAAGAAGCUGAAGAUUCUAUUUCAUCGCAACAACACAUGUACCUUGCAGAUGGUGGAGAUGAUGGACAGAAUAUCCCUUUUCAGCCACUUCUCCAACCAGCCCGAAACUUGGACUUGAUUCUCGCUUUUGAUAUGUCUUCGGACCUUUAUAACUUCCCAAACGGAAGCUCUCUCACCAAGACUGCCUCAAGAUUUCACAAUCUGGAUGCCACCAUGGAAAUCAACACAUUCUCGAUUUCCGGUUACAAACAAGCGGUUUUUCCCAAAGUGCCCAGCGCUGAACAAAUAAAACAGCUACCAAAUACACCAAUGUUUCUAGGGUGUGAUUUGAUAUUUGACUAUCCCAGACUUGAAGGAUCACACAUUAAACAGGUUGACGGUAACUUUCUUCCUCCACUACUAGUAUACACCCCGAACCGUCACAUAUCCUAUGCGUCCAAUACAUCUACAUUCCAGCUCAGCUAUAAUCACAGUGAAAUAAACCAGAUGUUUCAAAACGGCUAUGAGCUUGCGACUGCCAACAACUCGACUGAUUUUGCAGCCUGCAUCAGCUGCGCAGCUAUUAAAAGAAAGGUAGAUAAAAUGCACUUUAGACAACUCCCAAAAGCUUUGACCAUGGGUUUGGAUUUACCCGAGUACUGCCAUCAGUGUCUUAAUAAGUACUGCUGGCAUGAAACCAGAAUCUCCACUGUUUAA